CAGGUUUGCUGAACUGUGUACCACAGUGAGAAACGCUGCCGACCAAGACGCAGGUCCAUUCAACAAUGAUUAAUCUCUAAAGACUAAAAAAUAAGUUGACCAUACUUUCAAAAUGUUUUUCAAAUUAUUUAUAGUGCUUUCAAUUGUUUCAAGAACACAUUUAACCAGUUCUGACGAAGUUAUAGUGGAAACUGUGGAUGGUGACGAAGAAAAUAACGUUGAAAAUAUAUAUAAUGAAAAUAUUGCACCUGUUGAAGUUGUAAGAACAGUCACAAGGAAUAAUUAUGAAAAUCCUAUAAAUUAUAAGAAUAUAUAUGGAAGACAGGAACGUUCACAAUAUAACAAUCCUUUCAUGGAAUUAAUUGCCAAUGUCAUCGGGACUCAAUCUGGCUACAAAGAAUCAGAUUUCUUUGCCUUUCUACGGGAUGAAUAUCCAUUGCCCAGAGGUCUACAAUCUCCUCUGCCAGAGUAUGACUUCGUAAUAGUCGGCGCUGGAUCCGCUGGAUGCGCGUUAGCAUCACGUCUGACUGAGAAUCGAAAUGUCACAGUUCUACUGAUAGAGACUGGCAAGCCAGAGAUGCUGCUAACUGACGUGCCAGCUAUCGCACCCUACUUCCAGUCAACUCCAUACGUCUGGCAUUACUACAUGGAACCACAGCCUGGAGUUUGUUUAGGUAUGGAAAAUGGUAGAUGUUUCUGGCCUCGAGGCAACGCAGUCGGAGGAUCGAGUGUGAUCAACUACAUGAUUUAUACACGAGGCAGACCUGAGGAAUGGGAUAGAAUAGCUGCCGCUGGGAACUAUGGCUGGUCAUACAACGAAGUUCUGGAAUACUACAAAAAAUCAGAGAAGGCCAAGUUAGACGGGUUCGAAAAAAAGCCUUACAGAAAUCGAGAUGGAGUCCUUCCUGUUGAAUUUGUGCCAAUAAAAACCAAAUUAAUAAAGGCGUUCUUAGACGCUGGAAGAAUACUUGGACAUCCAACAGUAGAUUACAACGCUCCAGAGAAAAUGGGAUUCGGGAAAGUCCAAGUGACAAUGUCUAUGGGCCGCAGAUUCAGUUCCGCUAAAGCAUUCCUACAUAACCAUAAAAAGAGACCAAAUUUGCACAUUUUACCAGAAACCAGAGCAACCAAAGUAUUGAUAGAUCCUCAAACGAAAACGGCGUACGGUGUUGAAUAUGUACGCAACAACGUAUUGCAUAGAGUCACGGUUCGGAAAGAAGUAAUUUUGUCUGCUGGACCUAUCGCAUCUCCACAACUAUUAAUGUUAUCAGGCCUAGGACCUAGGGAUCAUUUAAACUCAGUCGGGAUAAACGUAAUCCAAGAUCUUCCAGUAGGUAAAAGACUUUACGAUCACAUUUGUUUCCCCGGACUCAUUUUUACUGUGAAUGAAACAAAUAUUAGCUUCCUCGAAUCUCAAGCUUCUGAUAUUCAUGCAAUAGUACAGUGGCUUAAAAAUGGAGACAGUGCAAUAUCAUCACCAGGCGGGGUAGAAGGAAUUGGAUAUAUUAAAACACCAGUUUCCGAUGAUCCUGAAUUAGUUCCUGACAUUGAACUUAUUAGUAUAGGAGGUUCAAUAGUGUCAGAUGGAGGACCAGGUGGCAGUAAAGCUGUACGAAAAGGAAUGAGAAUAACCGAUAAUAUUUUUAAUAAUGCAUUUGGACCGAUAGACCAAACAAAUACUUGGAGCGCUUUUCCAAUGUUAUUAAAACCAAAAUCUUUCGGUUCUAUAGAAUUAAAAGACAAUAAUCCUUUCAGUCAUCCAAAGAUGUAUGGUAAUUAUUUAACUGAUCCACGGGACGUGGCGACAUUCGUAGCAGCUAUCCGACAUAUUCAAGAAUUGACAGAGACUGAACCAUUCCAAAAAUAUGGUACUAAAUUGUAUCCUGCGAUUUAUCCAACUUGUAGUUCUUUACAAUUUAAUUCUGAUGAAUACUGGGAAUGUGCAGUAAGAACUCUUACUGCAACACUGCAUCAUCAGGUUGCGACUACUCGUAUGGGACCGCAAACCGAUCCCUUAGCUGUGGUAGACCCUGAAUUAAGGGUGCACGGUAUAAAAAGAUUACGAGUAGUCGAUACUGGAAUAAUACCAGAACCUAUCUCCGCUCAUACAAACGCCCCAGGUAUAAUGAUAGGUGAAAAAGCUGCCGACAUGAUAAAACUAACUUGGAGUAUUUAAUAUUAAACAAACUUAAUUCAGAAAUGUGCUUUAAUUUAUAUUUUUCA